CACUGGACACUGCUGGCACAGGAUGCACCGUGCUGCAGUGCUCAGUGCUGCACAGGAAACCUCCACUCCUCUGCUCCUCACCUCCGAGCUGGGCUCCUGGGGACAGCAAGGCACGCCAUGACCAGCAGCCUGCUCCACAUCCCCCCUCCUCAGAGGCUGCUCCAGCCCCUGGCCCUGCCAGAGAGACUGAUGCUGGGGCCGGGACCCAGCAAUGUGCCCCCCCGCAUCCUGGCUGCAAGCGGACGGCAGCUCCUGGGCCACAUGCACCCCGAGAUGCUGCAGGUGAUGGAUGAGAUCAAGGCGGGUAUCCAGUACGCCUUCCAGACACAGAACCAGCUGACCCUGGCUAUCAGUGGCACCGGCCACUGUGCCAUGGAGGCUGCCCUCCUCAACCUCCUGGAGCAGGGUGACACAGUGCUGGUGGCCAUCAAUGGUAUCUGGGGACAACGUGCUGCUGAGAUUGCCAGGAGGCUGGGAGCCAAUGUUCAUGAGCUGCUGAAGCCCCCAGGUGAUUACUUUGCUCUGCAGGACAUCGAGGAGGGCCUGGCACAGCACAAGCCCUCGGUGCUCUUCAUCACCCAUGGCGAGUCUUCUACAGGGGUGCUGCAGCCACUGGAGGGGCUGGGCAAUCUGUGCCACAGGUAUGGCUGCCUGCUGCUCGUGGAUGCUGUGGCAUCCCUCGGGGGAGCCCCCAUCUUCAUGGACCAGCAGGAGAUUGACGUCCUCUACUCAGGGUCUCAGAAGGUCCUCAACGUCCCCCCCGGCAGCGCUCCCAUCUCCUUCAGCCAGCGAGCCUGGGAGAAAAUGCUGAGGAGGAAGACGAAGCCCCAGUCCUUCUACCUGGACAUGGGCUGGCUGGCAAACUACUGGGGCUGUGAUGGGAAGCCACGAAGGUACCAUCACACUGCCCCAACCAACAGCUUCUUCAGCCUGCGAGAAGGCCUGUCCAUGCUGGCAGAGCUGGGUUUGGAGAGCUCGUGGGAGCGUCACCGAGCCAGCUGUGCCCAGCUGUGCCAGGGGCUGCGCGACAUGGGCCUUGAGCUCUUUGUGAAGGAGGAGAAGGCAAGACUUCCCACCAUCACCACUGUCAGGGUGCCCGAGGGCUAUGACUGUAAGGAGAUCACAGCUUUUCUCAUGGACAACCAUGGCAUUGAGAUUGCUGGGGGCUUGGGCCCCUCAGCGGGCAAGGUCCUGCGCAUCGGCCUCAUGGGCUGCAACUCGACCAGCGAGAACGUGACCCGUGUGCUGCGUGCCCUGCGAGAGGCCCUGAGGCACUGCCCCCGCUGCAGGCUGUGAGACAGAGCCCUGCACAGAGGCAUCCAGGCAAGGCAGCGUGGCACUUCCCUCCAGCCACCCGGCGGGCAGGCAGAGGGGCUCCACUCACGAUACAGACAGGACAGAGAAGUCGGGAGAACAGGGGAUGUGGAGGUGAGGGCUGCAGCCUGGCAAGUGCAGGACAUGGCUCAAAGCCUCUUCUCCCAGUGCCCCAUGCAGGGUAGCUUUUCACCCUGAUGGUCUGCCCCCUGCCCAGCUCCUCACCUCUCCCUAGCUGGCAGCCCCACUGCAAGCUGGCAGGCCCCACACGAGGGCUGGAUGCAGGAUCCAACCACAGGUCCCUUGCCCUCCCAUCGCCCUCGGUCACCCCUACACCAGAGCCCAGCUGCACAGGAUGCCAGUCAUCACCCCCAUAUUAUGCACCCUGGGAUCAAACACCCUCCCCAGCACCCAGAGAGUCCGUGCAUCCCCACCCAGCUGCAGCUCACUCAUCGGUACCAUCUUCCCUCAAUAAAGUGCUAUGGCAGCG